GUGUAUAAUUGAAUCACACGUUGAAUGUUUUCAACUAAUCACAAAGAUAUAGGAACUUUAUAUAUAAUUUUUGGCGCAUUUUCUGGAAUGAUAGGAACUGCUUUAAGUAUGUUAAUUAGAAUAGAACUAUCAACACCAGGGAGAGUAAUAGGGGACGAUCAUUUAUAUAAUGUUAUAGUCACAGCUCAUGCUUUUGUAAUGAUAUUUUUUUUAGUUAUGCCAGUUUUAAUAGGAGGUUAUGGGAAUUGAUUUGUACCUAUAUAUAUAGGAGCCCCAGAUAUGGCUUUUCCUAGAUUAAAUAAUUUGAGUUUUUGAUUACUUCCUCCAGCAUUAAUUUUACUUUUAACUUCAUCCUUAGUUGAACAAGGAGCAGGAACAGGUUGAACUGUUUACCCCCCAUUAUCUGGGCCUUUAGCUCAUUCAGGAGGAUCUGUAGAUUUAGCUAUUUUUAGUCUUCAUUGUGCUGGAUUUUCUUCCAUUGCAGGAGCAAUUAAUUUUAUUACAACUAUUUUUAAUAUGAGAACACCGGGUUUAACAUUUGACAAACUUCCUUUGUUUGUGUGAUCAGUGUUAAUAACAGCAUUUUUAUUACUCCUUUCUUUACCUGUUUUAGCAGGAGCAAUAACUAUGCUACUAACUGAUAGAAAUUUUAAUACUACUUUUUUUGAUCCAGCUGGAGGAGGAGACCCUGUUUUAUAUCAACAUUUAUUUUGAUUUUUUGGUCACCCUGAAGUUUAUAUUUUAAUAAUCCCAGGAUUUGGAAUUAUAUCUCAAAUCAUACCUAUAUUUAGCUCAAAAAAUCAAGUUUUUGGAUACUUAGGUAUGAUAUAUGCUCAAUUGGCUAUAGCUUUCUUAGGUUUUAUUGUUUGAGCUCAUCAUAUGUUUACUGUAGGAAUGGAUGUUGAUACUAGAGCUUAUUUUACAGCAGCUACUAUGAUUAUUGCUGUCCCAACAGGAAUUAAAAUUUUUAGUUGAUUAGCAACAAUGUAUGGAGGAAAAAUUAAUUUAUCUACACCUAUGUUAUGAGCUACUGGUUUUAUAUUUUUAUUCACUUUAGGUGGAUUAACUGGUGUAAUUUUAGCUAACGGAUCAUUAGAUAUUUUAUUACAUGAUACAUAUUAUGUAGUAGCUCAUUUUCAUUAUGUUUUAUCAUUAGGUGCAGUAUUUGCUAUGUUUGGAGGAUUUUAUUUUUGAUUUGGAAAAAUUUCUGGAUUUGCUAUCAAUGAAACUUUUGGUAAAAUUCAUUUUUGAAUUACCUUUAUAGGAGUAAAUUUAACUUUUUUCCCUCAACAUUUCUUAGGAUUAGCAGGAAUGCCUAGAAGAUAUGCAGACUUUCCAGAUAGCUUAUUUACUUGAAAUGCUAUCAGCUCUUUAGGCUCUAUUAUUUCUAUAAUAGGAGUAGUAUGAUUCAUUUAUGUAAUUUUUGAUGCUUUCUAUUCAGAAGAAAAAUUUAUUUCUUGAAAUAACUUAGAUGUAGAAAAAAUAAAUACUUUAGAAUGAUCAUUAAAUUGUCCACCUAGUCAUCAUACUUUUAAUGAAUUACCUUUUAUAAACCAUUCAACCCAUUAA